AUAGCGAAUUGUAAAAAAACGUUGCAUUUUUAUUCAGAACAUCAAUUUUAUGUACCUAAAUAGAAAUAAUUUAUUGGAAACUUUUUCAAUCUUCCUAUUUCCUAUUUCCCAAAAGGUUAUUUUUUGUGACUUAUGCCAUUUAUAUAGCUAUUCAUUAGCUGCAGAACAAAAUAAAAUGGCCAUUUAUAUCAUUUGCGAUUUGAUUUGGUUUUAUGUACUAAAAAUUUCGUCCACAUUUAUGCUGAGAGUGGAGCCGUAUCGUUGCGGUCAAUUUGAACAGGAUUGAAUCCUCGUGUUGUGAUGGCACUCGGUAGUGAAGUGAGUGAUAAUUCUGCAAAAAGUACUUCUCAAAAAGUGAAAAAAUGCACAGCGAACAAUUCAGUGAUCGAGAAAAAUUUCAGUGACAAUGGUACCAUCAAAGUUGAAAAACAAGAUAAGCAAGUUAAGAUGAAGAAAGAUGUCUGCCCGAAGAUGGCAUCCGCCAGCAACGGUUAUGCUAACAGUCUUAACGGCCGCGCUGAUGACGAGGGUGGUGGCGAGAGUGGCACGCCGCGUGUUUCCUACGCGGCUGCCGCUCGUAAGCCAGUCUCGCCUCAGUCUAGUAACACUCCUGCAUCUUUUACGCUAAAUACAGAACACCAGAAGUCGAAGAUCAAUGUUGAAAAGGAAUCACAACAAAAAUUAAUAAAUUCUACAACAAACGUCAACGGUAUGGCUUCAAUAUCAAACGAUAUUGAAAUAAAUAAUUCUAAAUUAACUAUCAAAGAGCCAGCAGUAAAUGGCACGGAAAAAAGCACUGAGACCAUAAUAAAUGGCGAUUCAAAAAACGUUUUAGAUUGUGAUACUAGAAGUAGUGAUAAUACUAAAGUAGUUGUAAACGGCAAUAAUAGUGAUUCCGAAGAAACUAAAUCUACGAAGUCGGAAGAAGAUCUUAAAACUGUUAUAGUAACAAAAUGUCCAAAUAAAACGGCCGUGAUGGACAAAAAGAAAGAACACAAGAAGAACAGGUCUUUGGAAAAGUGCAAUGACGCUGAAAAGAAGACUGCUCAAAACGUAGUGGAGGAUAAAAAAGACAAUAGUUCAUCUGUUAAUAUAAAUAAUGCCAUAGAAAAAAAUAAUAGUGAUUCAAAUAAAGUGGUUAAUGGCGAUAGAGAUAGGGAGUCCUCGCCUAGUGAAGAUGGCGAUGAAAAGAAAAGGGAUGCUGAGGUCGUGUUUAUACAAGACUUGGGUUUUACGGUUAAAAUCGUUAGCCCUGGAGCUGAACCAUUGGAUAUACAAGUAUCAAGUAUGGAACUUGUACAAGAAAUACAUCAAGUACUGAUGGAUCGAGAAGAUACAUGUCAUCGAACGUGCUUUUCACUGCAACUGGAUGGAGUUACUUUGGAUAAUUUUGCCGAAUUGAAGAAUAUUGAAGGGCUAAAAGAAGGUUCUGUUAUUAAGGUGAUGGAAGAGCCGUACACAAUGCGAGAAGCGCGUAUCCACGUUCGACAUGUUAGAGAUCUUCUGAAAUCCAUCGAUUAUACUGAUGCUUAUGCCGGUCAAGAGUGUAGUUCAUUGGCUUUUCUGAACGUCAUCACGCAAGGAGAUAUUUUAGAAAAGAAGAAAUCUCGACCAGAAAGCGUGGACUGUACUCCUCCAGACUACAUAAUGCCGUCCAGCACGGAGCGUCCACUGUUGCCGCUACACCCGGGACUCACUAAAGAGAAUAAGGCGCCGCAGUGUCUCAAAGUACUGACCACAUCGGGCUGGAAUCCUCCACCUGGUCCUAGGAAGAUGUGCGGAGACCUUCUUUAUUUACACGUGGUGACCCUUGAAGAUCGACACUUCCACAUAACGGCCUGCCCUAGGGGCUUCUACCUCAACCAAUCCACCGAAGAAGUGUUCAAUCCUCGACCAGCUAAUCCGUCUUUACUUUGUCACUCGCUCAUUGAACUCCUGAGCAUCGUGUCGCCGGCCUUCAAACGGAACUUCGCGCUAGUACAAAAGCGGCGUAUGCAGAAACAUCCGUUCGAGAGGGUCGCCACACCAUACCAGGUUUAUCAGUGGGCCUCGCCUAUGCUCGAUCACACUGUUGACGCCAUCCGUGCUGAAGACACAUUUUCAUCGAAAUUGGGCUACGAAGAGCAUAUUCCUGGUCAAACCCGAGACUGGAAUGAGGAGUUGCAGACAACGCGCGAGUUACCAAGGUCCACUUUACCCGAGCGACUUCUGCGUGAAAGAGCCAUUUUUAAGGUCCACAGUGAUUUCGUUGCUGCCGCGACUCGAGGAGCCAUGGCUGUGGUCGAUGGUAACGUGAUGGCGAUCAAUCCAGGGGAAGAACCGAAGAUGCAGAUGUUCAUCUGGAACAAUAUCUUCUUCUCGUUGGGCUUCGACGUACGCGAUCACUACAAAGAUUUGGGCGGAGAUGCGGCGGCUUUUGUUGCUCCGCGCAAUGACUUGCAAGGCGUUCGAGUGUACAGCGCAGUAGACACCCCGGGGCUGCACACCCUGGGCACGGUGGUGGUGGACUACCGCGGGUACCGGGUCACGGCUCAGUCCAUCAUCCCGGGAAUACUGGAGAAGGAGCAAGAACAGAGCGUUGUAUACGGCAGCAUCGACUUUGGAACGACCGUACUCUCGCACCCUAAGUACAUGGAACUGUUGAGCAAAGCUGGACAGCAGUUAAAGAUAAUGCCCCAUUCAGUUAUCAGUGCGAAUGGCGAGGUGGUUGAGUUGUGCUCCAGCGUUGAAUGCAAGGGAAUUAUAGGAAACGACGGACGUCAUUACAUUUUAGACUUGCUGCGCACUUUUCCACCGGAUGUCAACUUUUUACAAUUGGAAGAUGACGAACUCAGAGAAGAUAUAAAAUCCAUGGGCUUCCCGAUUAUCCACAAGCACAAACUAUGUUGUUUGAGACAGGAAUUAGUCGAUAGUUUUGUUGAGGCUCGUUAUUUCAUGUUCAUUCGCUAUGCCGCGUUCCACUUGCAACAGUUAAGCGCGAAGCGUCAGCGCGAUCAGAAUGAUGAUCAGAAGUCAAUCGAACCGAACAAGGAAAGCGAAAAGAAAGAUAAUACAGACUCAGAGAAGAAGAAGAGAGACAAUAAAAGCCAAGAGAAAGAGACCAAAGAUAAAAAGAAAAAGGAUGAAUCUAGUAGUGUUAAAAAAGAAGAAAGUAAGAAAGAAAUUGAAUUAAAUGAUGUUAAGAUUGAGAAAGGGAAAGAUGAUGAAUUAUUGUUGAACGACAACUAUUCAGAAAUAGACACGGAUGUUGCCAAGAAAAUUGUUGAAAGCAUUACGGACUCAAUUUGCAGCGGAGAGAAACAAGAGAAUGACUCGGGCGAGCGUUCCCGCGCAGUGGUGGCGGCGGCGGCGCGCGCUGUGGCCUCGCUCAAGGAGUCGGAGUUCGACGUGCGCUUCAACCCGGACGUGUACUCCGCCGGCAUCAAGCACGCCGCCGCGCCCGAGCACCUCGCCAAGCAACGGCACCUCGUCAAGGAAGCGGCCGCCUUCCUGCUCACCACGCAGAUCCCGGCCUUCGUGCGGGAGUGCGUGGAGCAGAGCGUGGCGCCGAUGGACGGCGCGGGGCUGACGGAGGCGCUGCACGCGCGCGGCAUCAACGUGCGGUACCUGGGCCGCGUGGCGCUGGCCCUGGCUGCGCACCCCUCGCUGGCCUACCUGCACGCCAUCGCGCUCGCCGACCUGCUGCUGCGCGCCGCCAAGCAUCUCUACACGGCCUACUUGCAGGGUUGCGAGCCUAUGUGCAUCGGUUCAGCUGUAGCGCAUUUCUUGAACUGUUUGUUGGGGGCGUGUCCGACGCCCGGCAUCAGUCCGGCGGAGGGCGUGGCGGGGGGUCGGGGCGCGGGGCGCGGGGGUCGCGGGCGCCGCUCCCGCAAGCACGCGCACUCGCAGCCCGCCGCCUCGCCGCUCCCCGACUGGCAGAACCUCACGCCCAAAUCGCUCUUUGCACAGAUUAAACAAGAGUUGAAGGCGUAUUGGGGAUAUGAUCUUAAUGCCGAGAACAUGGAAUCUAUAAUCGAAAAACACAGUAUUCAGAAAAUAUCACUUCUCAGGUCCUUCGCACUAAAAGUAGGCUUGCAAGUUAUGUUAAGAGAAUACGACUUUGACAAUAAAAACAAGGCACCGUUUGCAAGUGCGGACAUUAUGAAUAUUUUCCCCGUCGUUAAACAUAUCAAUCCACGCGCUUCAGACGCAUACAAUUUCUACACGACGGGUCAGAACAAAAUCCAAGCCGGCGCCGUGUCCGAAGGUCACGAACUGAUCGCUGAGGCUCUGAACUUGCUGAACAACGUGUACGGCGCCAUGCACGGCGAGAUCGCGCAGUGCCUCCGCAUGGUGGCGCGCCUGUGCUACGUCACCGGCGAGCACCGGGACGCCAUGGCCUACCAGCAGAAGGCGGUGCUUAUGUCCGAGAGGGUCAACGGCAUUGAUCACCCUUACACUAUUACAGAAUAUUCACAUUUGGCGUUAUACUGCUUUGCCAACGGUCAAGUGAGCACCGCAUUGAAGCUACUGUAUCGAGCCCGCUACUUGGCAUUGAUCGUUUGCGGCGAAAACCACCCAGAGAUGGCGCUGCUCGACAGCAACAUCGCGCUGAUCCUGCACGCGGUCGGCGAGUACGAGCUGUCGCUGCGGUUCGCGGAGCGCGGGCUGGCGGUGACGAGCGGCACGCACGGGCCGCGCUCGCUGAAGGCGGCCGUGGCGCGCCACCUGCUCGCGCGCACGCUCUCCUGCCUCGGCGACUUCCGGGCGGCGCUCGCGCACGAGAAGGAGACCUACUCUAUCUAUAAGCAUCUGUUGGGCGAGAAGCACGAGAAGACGCGCGAGUCGUCGGAGUGUCUCCGUCACCUGACGCAGCAGGCGGUGGUGCUGCAGAAGCGGCUGGCGGAGGCGUACGCGCGCGCCCCGCACCACGCGCACCACGCGCCGCUGCACAUCCAGCCGCCCGGCAUGGCCUCCGUCAUCGACAUGCUCAACCUCAUCAACGGUAUACUCUUCGUGCAAAUCAGCCCGCAAGACAUCGAGCAGUUCAAAGCUGAGAUAGAGAAAAGACAACUGAAGGAUUUGCCCGUUCCUGGAACUCUGACCGAUCUCGGCGGAGAAGUCGACGACGAGAAAUCUAAUUCCGGCGCGCCGUCCGCGAGCGGCGACACGAAGGAGGCGCCGGCCAGUUGAAGGGGCCGCCGUCCCGUCGGUCGCGAGACGCUCGUCUCCGGUCCCCGACUCCCCCCCACACUCGUCGAAUGUUGCUAUGUACGUUAUCAUUUUAACCGAUUGACAGAUAUUAUUGUUCCUUAUAUUUGAAUGUAUGCGGUAGCGAAUAGUGUGCUGAUGUUUGAUGUAGAUUUUUAUUUAGUAGAAAAAAAUAUAUAUUGUGGAUAUCGUUUGAACAAAUAAUUAAGAAUUAUUUUUGAAUGAAUUGUCGCCACGUGCAAUAGUUGGACGUUCGAAAUUGGCAGGCGUAGUUUUAUUAAUAAUUGGUUUUAUGCUUUCGGGAUUUAUAAUUUCAAUGGUCACCAAAUGUAGUGCAAUUUUAAGUAGUGAUAUAGCCAUAAGUUUUGGUUGUGAACCUGCGGCCUGUGCAUAAUGGCCACUGGUGCUACUGCCGAUUUAACCCUAAAUGAUUUUAUUAUGAAUUGUUAUUGUCGAGUAUUAUUUUCUUUUCUAUUAUAAACGUAUAUUGUUGAAACAUCCAUAAUAGUAGAAAUUUGGUUAUAUUGUCAUUGAAAUGUAACAUUAUCUUUGUCCCUUGAUUUUCUUAAAUUACAAUUAUUGAUGAAGAGUAUGUACGCGUUUCUGAAUGAUAAAUAAAACUGCCUCUAUUGUUACAGAUUAUAUUCUGGUUUAGUUAUUAGUGCCAUAUUAUAAGCAUGUAGUGAUUUUAGUCGUAAAUUUUUGUUAGUCUGUGAUAUAGAAGAUUUUAUCAUCGAAAUGCUUCAUGCUAUAAUCAUAUCAAACUCCAAAUGCUAAUUACUAAACUAAUCAAACACUUCCUUACAUCUAAUAUAUUCGUGACGUCAAAUCAACAAAUCUUGUCCGGGGAAAUCUUCUAAAUUUAGAUAAGUGUUGAGAUAUGGACUUAUUGUUGUGUAUUUCAUUAAUGAAAUACAAACUUUACCUUAAAACCUUACGAUCGUUACUUGCGUCUCUGCGGAUUGUAUUCUGUUAUUUAUUCCUAACCUUUAUAAAAAAUAACUCCUGUUUAAGUUUCUUUUCUCGUUCAAUUUCAUCAUCAUUCAUUAUAAAAAUGAUUAUUCUACUUAAUGUAUGGGUAUAUACAUAUAUAGCAGGUCGCUGGGAGUGCGCGUGUAUCGCGCUGUAUUUAUCUAAAUAUAAGAAUGUUGUUCGAUGAUCACGUGCCUAAUCUAACGAGUUGUUGUUGUUACAUUUCUUUAACAAUAUGAUACCAUGUAAAUAUGGCGCUGUUCGUAGUUUAAAUAAAGAAUAAAUCGUUUUUAA